GUGUGCGCCGCUUCCUUGUAGUCCGGGCCGUGAGAAGCAGUCGGUGGCCGAGCUCCGCGCUUGCUCGCCAUGUCGCUGCUGGUGCGCGGGGUUUGCGCCGCGGGCGCUCGGGGCAUGUCGCUGGGCGCCGGGCCGCGCUGCUGCUGCAGGAGGAGCUUCUGGGCAGGAGGCUGCGGGGCGCCGCCGGGAGCUUCCCGCUGGGCUGAGAGACUCGGCUGGGGCGCGGCGGCGACGGCGGCGGUGUUGGCCGGGCUGGGGCUGGCCCGGCGGGCCGAGAUGGAGCAGCAGCGGCGGGGGCAGCUGGCCGGUGGCGGCGGCGGCAGCCGGGAGGCGGAGGGCGCCGACGAGCUGGCGCUGCGCUGCGAGCGCUUCAUGGCGCCGCCGGUGAGCGGGCUGGGCGAGCUGCGCGACCGCCGCGGGGCCAUGCGGAGCCGCAUGGAGCUGCUCAUCAUGGAGACGCAGAGCCAGGUGUGCAGCGCCCUGGCCCAGGUCGACCGCGGCGCCCAGUUCACCGUGGACCGCUGGGAGAGGAAGGAAGGUGGGGGAGGCAUCAGCUGCGUACUACAGAAUGGAGAAGUCUUUGAGAAGGCCGGAGUUAAUGUAUCUGUAGUUUUUGGACACCUUUCUGAAGAAGCAGCUCAACAGAUGAGAAGCAGAGGGAAAACCCUGAAGGGCAAAAGUGGAAAACUGCCUUUUUGUGCUAUGGGAGUGAGCUCCGUUAUUCAUCCAAAGAACCCUCACGUUCCCACCAUACACUUCAACUACAGAUACUUUGAAAUUGAGGAGGCCGAUGGUACGACACAGUGGUGGUUUGGUGGUGGAACAGACCUCACUCCAACUUACUUGGACAAAGAUGACGCCGUUCAUUUCCACAAAACUCUGAAGGAAGCCUGUGAUCGGCAUAAUCCAGAGCUGUACCCCAAGUUUAAGAAAUGGUGUGAUGAUUAUUUUUAUAUCAAGCACCGAGGAGAACGACGAGGGAUUGGAGGCAUAUUUUUUGAUGACCUGGACUCACCUUCAAAAGAAGAGGUCUUUCAGUUUGUGCAGAGUUGUGCCAAAGCCAUUGUGCCUUGCUAUGUUCCCAUUGUGAAGAAGCACUGCCAUGACACCUUCUCACCAGAGGAAAAAUUGUGGCAGCAGAUCCGCAGAGGGAGGUAUGUGGAAUUCAAUCUUGUUUAUGACAGAGGUACUAAGUUUGGACUUGCAACACCAGGAUCUAGGAUUGAAAGCAUCCUUAUGUCUUUGCCACUCACUGCCAGGUGGGAGUACAUGCAUUCUCCUCCCGAGAAUUCCAGGGAAGCUGAAAUCCUAGAAGUUUUGCGCCAUCCAAAAGACUGGGUGCCCUGACAAGCUAUGUCGGCUGCCCUCAGCCGGCCAUGAAGAAAGGACACAAACUCCUGCCUGCUUGCUCAUCAAACUGCCAUUGUGUGGCAGUUAGUUUUUUAUCUACUUAUUCUCUUUAUCAUGUGCCUUAGAAAUAGUGUUUCGAUUUUGUUAUGUGUAAAUAUCCAUUUUAAAAGCCACAAGCUGCUCCAUUAGCAGUUUCUUGGCGGGAGGAUCACUUGACCAUUUGUACCGGUAUGAUGCACUGCUGAAAAUGCAACAGGCUUGGUGCAGAGGCAGCCCAACAAGGUGAAAUGCGCUCAAAAUGUGGUCGGCACACACUGCCCUAAAACUCUGCACCAGCUCCUAAGGUUUAGAACCAAUGCAGUUUUUCCAGGAACCUCCUUUGAUUUACUCUCCUGAUUGGCAUGAUUCUUUUAUAGGCUAUCUUAGCCCAUUUCAGCAGAUAAGAGUUGCUUUCUCUUUAAAUCCACUUUGUGUCCUAUGGGGUCAUGUAUUUUAAAGCUUGUCAUUUUGAUCUGCAAUAAUUUCUCAAAUGAGUAAUAUGAUGGGGAAUAUUUUGCAAUGAGAACAAUGUAAAAGAAAUUUGGACAGUGGUUUCCUGUCCCUAGGUCACCAGUUAAGGUUCCUGUAAUAUGCGUUCACAAACAGUACUGCAUAAAUUACCUUAUAUAAAGUACAGUGCAUUACGUUUGGGAAAGGGCCGUAGCUCACUAGCGAAGCAGAUCCUUUGCAUCCAGAAGUUCAAUCCCUGGUUUCUCCUGUAGGGAAGAGGGAAUCCUUUUGUGUGUGAAACUCUGGAGACUAGCCUCUGUCAGUCAUUGUCAUACAAUACUGAGUUAGAUCGACCAAGGGUCUGAUACUGUAUUGGGCAGCUUCCGAUGUUCCUACAUAUUUGAACAUGUGCAAGUUUUUUGAACAUUUGCCCAGCAGAUGCACAGAGUAAGUAACAUUUCUCACUUGCUGGAUGAAAUUUUUUUCAGCCUUUGCCCUCAAGAAGCCUUAACCUAGUCCAAGGGAGGCAUUUCUACAGGCCCAGAAGCAAGGCUAAGAGCAUCCGAAUAGGGUUGGGCAGUGACAGCUUGGACCAAUUUUAGAAGUUGUGCCCUCUUUGUAUUCCCCACAUUUGUAAAUAAAAUGAAAAAGCUGCAUGGAAUAGAAUGCAUACCUUUCGAUUUUCAGUUCUGUCUCGUAUUAACAUUUGCAAGUGAUUCAUUCCAAACCUAAAAGUGAGCCUAGUGACACUUGGAAAACGACCGUAAACAUGUAGACCGUAGAAAGCUUAUUUUUAUACCCCUUCUCAGCCCAAAAGACCCCCAAAGCUUCAAUUAAUUCAAAUUGAUCCUGUCUGGGUUGGCAGAGUGUACUGUAGGGAUGUGUGGUGAUAAAAGAAUGUCAGCUCAGAAUGUCUUCAAAAGAGCAAAACAUACUUCUGUCACAUCAGAUUUAUGAAGAAAGGGUUCUCCCAUCUCAGGUUUACUGCACCUGCACCUUGUCAUGAAAGGCUUUUCUAAAAACACCAAGGCUUAGAUUUUACAUGUGGAAAUGGCUCUAUGCCUAUGGUAUGAUGUUCUUCUACUUGUAUUGUAGCGAAGGUCACAAUACGUUUUUAAUAACUGAGCCGGAGUGUGCUUCCUUAGAAUUUUAAGUGGUUUGUUUGUUUUUGGCAACGCCUUCAGUUGUCUCCCUUACUAGAAACCUAGCAGCAGGGGUGUAACAUUCAUGAUCUGUUAGCCAUGCUGGCUAGGGCUGAUGAGAGUUGGUGUCCAACAACAUACAGAAAGCCACAAAUAAAUUCCCCUCUGGAUUUAAAAUUUUCAGUAGUGUAUUCUGCACUACACUAUGCACUAGUAUAUUAUACCAUGCACACACUUGGGAGUAAACCCGCUAGAACUCAUUAGGGCACUUCUGAGUAAACAUACAUGGGAUAUUUGCCUCGAGCUUUAUGGGUUUCAGAAAAUGGAUCAGCUCUUUUGUGCAAAAGUUAGUUUUGUGUUUCUGUGUGAAUGUGUGUCUUCAAUUGUUCCUCAGUUUUUCACCCAGUGCAGAAAAUGGAGGAAUCUGCGGCAACGGAGAAGCUGGAAAAGUCAGAGAAAUUUCAAAGGCUGCCAUGUUUUGUAGAUUUGACCAAAUCCUUGAUGAUAUUCUGCCUCCAACAACAUUUGAAAGUUCCCAGUAUCAUGUGCUAAGCGUGUUGCUUAAUAAGUGCUCCAAUGCAGUAGCAAUGCUAUGAUUGUUUACAUUGCUACCUUUUGAAUCUUGAAUCAGAAAAAAAUGCACUAGUGUUCGUUGGCUGUAACUAUUUGAAAAUAUUGCUCAAGUUUUGCACAACAGCGUUUCCAAUUUCUUCCAAGAUUUCUCCCCACCCCAAUCAUUUAAAACCCCUGGUUUAAAAGGGGAAUUUUCCCCCUUGAAUUUUUCCAUGUCUUCCAUUCUCCCUCCUGCACAGCCUUCAAAUCUACAAAACCUAAUAACUUAUUUCGUGCUCUUACAAAAUGCUGUUGACUUUAAUGUUCUGUUUGCCAGCAGAACUUCACAUCCUUUACUGUGGAAACUGAAUAAAGCGGCUGAGGCUACAAA